CCGAUAUCCCUAGUCAACGGGCCAUCUGGUAUAUCGGAAGCGCUAGCUUUUUCAUGAAUCCAUCGCAAUUUUUGAUAGAUUCUAUGAAAAGGGCAAACAAUUCCAUUUUCUCCUUUCGCAUUUUUAAUGUAAGUGUUUCCAUUUAUUCGUUCCGUCGCAGCUCACUACAAUGGUACCGAAAAACAACAGAGUACGGUUGUAGUCUUGCGGGGCGUUACUGGAAGAAACGCGUUCUAUUCAAAAGGCCUUGAUUUUAUGGCUGGAUACAUAUUAGAUUCCGCUACUCGAGACAAUCAGAGACGAGAACAUGGCAAGCGUGAUAGCGACGUGUACGCGCCCUGAUGUAUUGGAACAUUUGUUACCAUCGAUGGUGGAAGAUGCUUUGCGAACAUUCGAAAUGUGGGGAAAUCACGGAACAAAAGAUAUUUCCAAGAGCCUCAACGAGAUUGUUUUUACCCUGGCUGCACGAAUGACGAUGUGCCGCGAGUUCUCUGAGGACCCGAAGAAAAUCCAUGCAUUGAUCAGCAUUUUCAAGCGGCUUGAAGAAGGCUCGGACCAUAAUGCCCUCAUAGUUCCUUGGUUCCCGACUCCAGCCAGAUUUAGGAGGAUGCUUGCCGGGAUGCAAUUACACCACAUGAUUUCUGCAGUUGUUCUUUCGAGGAAAGAUCGUCGUGAAGACGACCCACUGCAGGCCAUGAUAGACAAAGGUCUUUCCUCCACCAAAACCACUGUGAUGCUUGCUACCAUGCUAUUUGCUGCAAUUGGCAACACCGGAAACGUGAUCACCUACUUGCUCCUUCAUCUAGAAGCCAACCCGAAGUGGAAAGUACUCGUCGAGAACGAAGCGAGACAGUUGUACAAAGACUCGCACACCUCUGGAUGCGACGAUGGCAGACCCUUGUUUUCAAUGAAUUUCAUAGAAACGCAGAUGCCGCUCUUCGAUAUUUGCAUUUCCGAAACGUUGCGCAUGCUUUUCAAAGGACCAUUCAUUAGAAGAAGUGUAGAAGACAUGUUCGUGGACCAAAAACACAUACCACGCGGAACCUAUGUCAUGUUCCCAACCGCCGACCUUCAUUAUAAUGCUGCAUUCUAUUCAACACCGCAGGAAUUCAACCCGGAGCACUUUUCAGCAGGUGCGAUUCAAGAGCGGCGACGACAUGGAACUACGUUCGUGGGAUGGGGUGCUGGUCGUCAUAUGUGCGCUGGGAGAAGAGCUGCACAAAUGCUCAUGAAGGUCAUCUUCAUUCUCCUUCUAUCCCAAUUCGACAUUCAGAUUGUUACUGAUGGGGGGGAACCGGUACGAAGAGUUCCAGAACAGGUAGAAAAUCAGUUGUUCAAGGUGUGUCCACCCAAGCAAGCUGUAACACUUCGCUACGAGGUACGGUGCCAGUAACGGUCAUUAGGAUUACUAUGCUGUCAUAUUCACUUCUACGGAGUUUGCUUGCAUCCCCAUGUCAAGCCGUUGUGCUGUGUAUUAUAAUUUAUCACACUGACGUUGCGUACCCGAGCCAUCCCCGACUUGUUAUUUUUAUUUUCCCGGACCCU